AGCUAAUUUAAACUGGAAUUUUAUUUUUUAUUUGUUCAUAACUGAUCUGCUUCAAUACUCUUUCAAUGUGAAACAUGUCAGUGUUACUGUUUCCGUAUGGAAUUGUUACACAUGUGGUUGGAUAUAAAUUGCUUAUUUAAAUACAUGUGCUAGCCUACCAGUGGGUCACAGUGACAACCCUUAGGUCACAAGGAAUGACCUUAUGAAAUAAAUUUAAACAACGGUAUUUAUGGUUUCAGCUGCCAUAAUAAAUUGCAAAAUACCACCCAGAUAUCUAACAAGUUGCCAUUUUCGUCAAUUGGAAAAUAAAAAAAUGUCUAAAAUAAUAGGCUUCAUAGUUUCCCGUACAGAUGUAUCAAAAUAACUUGAUUCUGGCAUUCAAAACAAAGGACACUUGGACCCUGUGAUAAAGUGGCACGUCGCCAUAUUUGAUUCGCUACGAGCCCAUCCCCCUACAUGUAUCUUCUGCAGGAAACUGAGGGUAACCUAGUGUUACAGUGAGCGAACUCCGCAUCGGAUAUUAUUUCAUCGUAGGACUCUGCAGGGAAAUUAACCGAAGAUGGCCUCACCAAGGACAAUAACCAUUGUCGCCCUCUCUUUUGCACUGGGUCUUUUUUUUGUUUUCAUGGGCACUAUUAAACUCACGCCAAGACUGAGCAAAGAUGCUUACAAUGAAAUGAAAAGGGCCUACAAGAGUUAUGCCAAGGCCUUGCCAGGACUGAAAAAGAUUGGUGUAAGCUCUGUGCUCUUGCGUAAGAUCAUCGGCACCUUGGAGGUGAGCUGUGGUGUGGUCCUCACCUUGGUUCCAGGGAAACCCAAAGACGUGGCCAACUUCCUGCUCCUGCUGGUCAUGCUGGCUGUUCUGUUCUUCCACCAGCUGGUGGGAGAUCCCCUCAAACGCUAUGCCCAUGCCCUGGUGUUCGGCAUCCUGCUAACGUGUCGCCUGCUUAUCGCCCGUCAGAGCGACGACCGGCCAGAGCGGGAGGAGAGCCGGGAGGCGCAAGUCGGAGCCCAGGAAAAGAACAAAGUCAAGCUCUCCUAGUCUUACCUCCCCCUGGCUGGCUGGUGGAUGAGCUAGGGCCAGAAAGAGGACAUUUUAUUCUGGAUAAAAGAGAUUGGUGUCCAGACAGAGACCGUUUCCAGAGUGAUUUCCAUUCACCAAAGCCCUGUCCUGGCCAACCUGCCCGACUGGUUAUCACACUCAUCAGCUCACUUGUGUUAUGUCCAGCCAUGGUCAUCAAAGAGGCAAUAGUAACAUUGCCUCUCUAUUGUUUCUGAUAAUCAACCCUGUGGCAACUGAAAUGAUGUAGCGCUGUUAAGGGAAAGAAAAUGCACAACCAAUCUGUUAUCCCUUUCCUAUGUUUUCUAUUUAUUUAGGUUACUCAUCAGAAGUCAUUAUACAUAACGACCGUGCGGUUUAAAUAACUCGAACUGUUACUGUUGAAGUAUGACUGUAAUGUUAUACUUAAAUGCUGAAGGGACUCAUUUUACAAUAAAUAUAACACUAUGAUUUUAUGGGUAGAUGCGCUGAUAAUAUAAUAAACUGUGUAUUAUUUUUAGUUUAGUUAAUUCCACAAGGUUCAAAUAUUACUUUAGAGGUACGGUGUGUCGUUUUUAUUGGCAUCUAUUUGUAGAAAUGUAUGUAUUAUGUUUUCAUUAGUGUAUGCCCAGUAACUACGAAUUGUUGUGUUUUCAUUCGCUUAGAAUGAGGCCUUCUUAUCUACAUAGGGAGCGGAUCCUCUUACGUAGAGUUUGUUAUGUUGCGCCGCCAUGUUCCUGCAGUAGUCCAGAACAGAUAAACCAAAACACUGGCUUGAGAUAGGGCUUUUCACGUUUUUAUGUAAUUUGACGGUCACUGUAGGUACUCGCACACAUUUGUCAAGGGAAGGGUAUUCAGCUGGUUGACAUUCAGCAACUUCACCACUAGGUGCCACUAAAAACUACACACUGUACCUUUAAUUGAGUUGUUAAAUUAUUAAAGUUAAUUAUUUGUUGAAUAUAUCAUAUUGUUGUAGUACAUUUGCAGUGAUUUUAGACCCAUGUUUUUGGUUCCUUUUUUAUGUUGUGUUUGAAAAAGUCCCUCUCCGUAAUGGUAUACUAUUUUUUAAUGCAUGAAGAAACAAUGCCUUCUCAUUCCACAUCAGACUAAAAAUGAGGCAACGUACUGAUCAUUUUUUUGGUUUGUUUUAAAAUGUAAAACGUUAUCGUAUGUUUAGUUGAACCAAGAUCACCUUUCAUCUCUAGAUUUAAUAAUUUCAAAUGUUUACUUUUUACAAAGGUCAGCAUACAUAGAUCAUACUGGAAGAUAGGUGGGAACAAUUAUGCUUCUGCUGUACCACAUUCAAUUGCCAUUUGGAAAUGGGCACCUAAUAAAGACGUAUCCCACCAAAA